AGAAAAAAUAUUUAAGGGAUUCCCUGUUUUCUGCAAGAAUUUAUCUCUUUUAACACUGCGGAGGUCAGGCAGGUGGUGGUGGUAAGGAAAUGGAAGUAAUGGAAACAACUCAGUUAUUUCCACUCAAGCCUGCCCGGGAGGCAAUUCUCACCCCAGCCGCCCUCCCCAUUCAUUCCCACAGAGCUGGAGAUGGCUUCUCUUUUUGCCAGGAAACCAAGAGGCUCCUCCCCCAAAAUAGCCAGGAGGGAGGAGAUUAGUGAUGGUUUUUUCCAUUCAAGCAUCAUUCUUUGGAUCUCACGUCAAUGGGUUCAAGGUGGGGUGAGCAGGGUCACCUGCCUACUUGAAUCUUUCCUUACUCACCUUCAAGCGACCUCCGUACCACUCCCUAGUCCCUUGUCAUCUGGCUUGGACCAUCAGGAAGUGUGUAAGAGAUGGUGUCUGUGUAUGUGAGACAGCAUCCAUGUGGGCAUGUCUGCUAACAUGAGUAACCUCUGUGGGAAAGCAUCUCUUUGUGUGUUUCUGUCUGCAGUUCCCUCUUGCAGAAAGGGUGCCUGUCUCCGCAGUGUCCUUGGACCUGCAUGUGGUAUUUCAUUCAGGUCUGGUAUGCAUGGAUGAGCAGGAGCGGUGUGAACUGGUUAUGAGAGUUCAGGAGUGACUAAAGUCUUCUCUUACCUGUCUUAGCAGCCAUCCUGCAUCUAAUGGCCUAUGUCUCUGUUGCUGGUUUUUGAAAAAAGGCCUUCAUUCUGUCUCCCUAACUCACAACCCUCCAACCAUCUCUGCCCAAGAAGCAGUUGGGGGUGAUUACCCACAGCCGGUUACUGCCAACAGAUCUGUGCUCGCCAGGCUCAUGGGCAGGAGGCGCAUCCAAGUACUGAGGCAGGAUUCUCCCAGAUCUGUUAUUUGGGAUCCUAGACUCCCUGCCGCACUGCGGCUUCUCUGCAGACUCUAACUCCUUUCGCCAAGCAAUGAGGUUGGAGAUGAGCCUCUAACAACCUUUUCUUUCGUCUAAGAGUACAGAAAGGUGUAAAAUGAAAGAAGAGGGUGUUUCAACCUGGUGGUACAAGAGGACAAAGGCUAGAAAAGUGGGAAAACCAGGGGAGGGUGAAGAGAGGGUGUGAAUGGGCUCUACCAGCUGCAAGGCACCCUGCUCUUUGUCUCUCUCUCUCUCUCUCUCUUUUCACUCUCUCUUCAUCUGUCUCUCUGUCUCUGCAUCUCUAUCUCUCUCUCUGUCUCUACCCCUCAGUUUCUGCCUGUCUCGGUCUCUUUCUUUCUCUCUUUUUCUAUGUCUCUGUCUGUCUCUGCCUGUCUAUGCCUGUCUCUGUCUCUGGGUCUUUUAUACACACACACAGCAUGUGCUUUUACCCAUCCUUACCCUAUGCUCCUCCCCAUCUUUAUUUUCUGGCAGACCCAUGCUUCAUGCAGAGCAGCAUGUUCAUGCCCACGACUUGAGAAUCCUGGCCGGCUCAUCUGUUCUGGGCCUCAUCCUAUGCAAACCACUCUUGUUACAGAAAGGCCACAUAGAAUAGUGGGAAGAUAUCAUAUUUAAAAGUAAAAGUUAAUCAAGAGUCCUUUUCUGCCCCUUAGUAUUUGGGUGAUUUUGAGUGAGAGAGUCAUUUUUUCUGUGAGCCUCAGUUUCCUCAUGAAUGUAAUAGAUAUGAGAACACUAUGAUUUUGCAGUCCUGGUUUCUACGUGGAUCUAAUGGUGUAAUGGAUAUGAAUGUACAUUGCAAGCUGUUAAGUCAUUUCUGUUGCUAAAUACAGAAUGACCCACUGUGGUCAUCUUGGAAGCCUCGGCCAUCCCUGCUGGCUGUGCUCCAUUCUUGUGCCUCGCCAUGGAACGCUCUAGUGAGCCGGAAUGAAGGUCAGGCCCAUGGCUGUGAUGUCACAGAACAUGUGAAGUCAGAGGUCCUAUGGAAGGUAAGGGGAGAAAAUGCCCCUGGAAAGGGUUAAGGGCCAGGACAGGAAUGGGGCAGGAGGUGCACGGAUCCUGCUGGGCACUGGGAGCAGGGGGCGGCCAAAGGCAGCGGGUGGGCAGGUCCAUGCCUCCCCUGGCCCCCCAGCUCUGCAGGGCAGUGUUCCUGGUUCCUAUCUUGCUGCUGCUGCAGGUGAAGCCUCUGAACGGGAGCCCAGGCCCCAAAGAUGGGAGCCAGACAGAGAAAAUGCCCUCUGCAGACCAGAAUCAAGAACAGUUCGAAGAGCACUUUGUGGCCUCCUCAGUGGGUGAGAUGUGGCAGGUGGUGGACAUGGCCCAGCAGGAAGAAGACCAGUCAUCCAAGACGGCAGCUGUUCACAAGCACUCUUUCCACCUCAGCUUCUGCUUUAGUCUGGCCAGUGUCAUGGUUUUCUCAGGAGGGCCAUUGAGGCGGACAUUCCCAAAUAUCCAACUCUGCUUCAUGCUCACUCACUGACCCUCCCUCCCUCAUGGGCUCCAGGUCACAACUCCCAAAGGAGAUGCAGGCAUGGCUCUCUGCCUCUGAUCACCAUCACUGUAUCUCAAGGUUCAGCAGCAGAGAUACCAGUUGCCAUCAGUGCUAACUGACUGCCUCUCCAGGUUCGGAGUUUCAUCUCCCAGGGCCAGAGACAGCAGACCCACAUCCUUCUCUCCCACACCUCUCCUGGUUUUGUUCAGGACAGCAGAUUAGAGGCAGGAGGCAAUGACAAUAAAAUAACGAUAAAAUCCUGAGAACAA